AUGUCAAUGAAUCAAUCCAUUGAAUUUCAUUAUACAAGAACUCAACGUGGUUCACCAGCCAUUCAGAUUGGUACUGAUUUAUAUCGACGACAUGAAUAUGGAUCAGCUGCAGAGAUGCCAAUGUUUCAACAGGUCAGAUCUACAGGGUAUCGAGUACGAGCAAAAGCAUUACCACCUUCUCCAAGAAAACAAGAUAUUGCAACAUUUCAUAUACCAGAUAUUUUUCGUUUAAAUUUAUCACAUGAACCGUUUUUAAUACAUGAUUCA